AUGAAAGAAGCCCCAACACAACCAUCUUACAACGUCGCGGAUGGAAAACUGUCAGUCGAUGACGUCGAUCGACUUGCCGCAAUGUACGCGAAACAACGCACGACCGUCUCUUCCCUGAAGGCCGACGGCCACGAAAUGGUCAAGUUACCCGAAGGUAACUAUGGUCACGCGGUCCUUGCCCAGGACACGGCUCAAGUAGGUGUCACAAUGCUUGGGAAGAUUGUGUCGAUUGAUCGAUCCCUCAACAGGGAUGCCUCCCGUGUAGUAAAGUAACGCGAACAGCAAAACGUUUAGGGGAGCAGCCCGUUGAUAUACCUUCAUGAUGUCAACCAACCACCCAUCCAGCCUUAUUAGAGACGCAGAUAUCGAACGGGUGGGCCGACCCGAACUGUUCUCGAGACAAAUCGGCCUCGAAGCUCGCGACACCCGAAGCGGUCGUCGUGGAAGCUCUGCAACGAAUACGGGACAAGGUUUCUCGAGGAAUGGCUGCCGCAUCAUGCAGCAUAGCUACGCAUUCGAGUAAGUAACUUUAUGAACUGUGUGCUCUUGGUGUGGGCUUGUUGAGGAGCUAAUGGAAAGCUACGGCAAGCGGCAAUUCCCUUCAACACGUCUUCUUUGAAUGUCUACCCUCGAGUUGUUUUUCUUCACCGUGAGCUGGUGACACUGCAUGCGUGAGUUAUUACGUGACGUGGCUGUGCAGUCUUAGGUAUGACGGAAACUGAUAUAAAAAACAGACAUUGGACUUCAGUGACAGGAGGUGACCCUAUCCCCGAAAAGGGGGGGCACCCACCGUGGCCUGCCUGGAAAACGACAUUGAUGCCGACAGAUACCACAUGUUCUACAACAACGCUCGCGAAGGAAGCUACAAUGGCCGAAAUGUGGCAAAGUCUCACGCUACGCCGCUACCUGUAUCUGUAGCGAGGGCAGUGAAGACUCACAUCUAG